AAAUAGAACAGGAGCUGGAACCACAAGUUAGUCUGAUGACGUCACCGUUCCACAUUGAGCUCGCAGCGUAGUAGUGAGAGAGAUAGAUAGAGGCGCGCGGUUGUAAAGUACACACUGCCAUGAACUUCUGUUUGUAACUUAAUUGUUGUUGCUGCUGUCAGGAGGGAAAAUACAACAAAAAAACUUUCGGUUCGUGUUUUGAAAAGAAUAAAACCAAAUCAGCGGACAUUUGGAGAAGUUUUUUUCUUCACUUUUGCGAAAGCGAUGUCGUCCGCGGCGGUUGCUGCUUCGAGAAGGCAGUCAUGUUAUUUAUGUGACUUGCCCCGCAUGCCGUGGGCUAUGAUCUGGGAUUUUACCGAGCCCGUCUGCAGAGGAUGUGUCAACUACGAAGGAGCCGACCGUAUCGAGUUUGUGAUUGAGACAGCCCGGCAGUUAAAGCGGGCUCAUGGCUUCCAGGAGGGGAGAUCUCCGGGUCCAGGGAAACCGCAGCUGUCCGGGAAAGAGAUCCAGUCCAUCAACCACACGCCUGGAGAUCCCGGAUCCCGGCCGCCACAGCCCCUGGAUCGCUAUCCUCUCACCUCCGAUCGGCCGCCAAGACUAGGUCCAGAAUAUCAGUCAGGAAGGCAGGCUAACGGUAUUCCUGUGCCGAAUGGAUUUCCUAAACCAGACGAUCCUCCGGAGCUGAACCGACAGAGCCCCAACCCGCGUAGGACUAGCACGGUCCCUCCAAAUUUAGUGCCUUUGGUUAACGGGAACAUGCCCCCUGUACACGCGCUCAAUGGAAGACCCGCACAAAUGGGAAUCCCUGGAACACUAACGGCGCCAAGCCCAAACGAGCUGAGCAGCAAGCGACCAGAGGAAAUGAAAGACAAGCACAGACCGGACAGUUUGUCCGACAUCAGCGAGACCCACAAGAGAGCCGAUGAAUGGAUGAACAAGGGCAAAACAGUCAGGGACUUAAUGGCGCUACACACAUUCGAUAGCAGGUACAAGAAAGACCAUACGCCCAUGCAACAGAGGGUGAUGGGAUAUGAACCGAGCGCCACAACCACAAAAUCAGACAGGGGAAAGCACCCCCGAAACAUGAAGAGAAAAGCCUCCCCGGAACCUGAAGGGGAGGGCACCGCCGCAAAGCUUAACGGAGAGGGUCAGCCAUGGCUGCCGCCUCCCGCAGAGGUUCUGAAGAUGUCCGGCGGGCCCCCUCCGAGCUUCGCCACGCCGCCCUCCACGAUAUCCCCGCACUCCCGCACCACCCCGCCGGAGGCGGCGCAGAACAGCCAGUCCCCGAUGGCGGCGCUCAUCCUGGCUGCCGACAACGCCGGGGGCAACAGCUCGCCCAAGGACGCCAUCCAGGUGCACUCGACCACCCGGCGGAACAGCAGCAGCCCACUCUCCCCCUCCUCCAUGAGCCAGAGGAGGCUGGCACAGCGGGAGGCGCCGGGAGUGGGCACGCCGCACGUGCCGGGCAUGGAUCAAGUGCACCCCCAAAGCAUUCCGGACUCCUCUGUCCCCAGCAGCGUUCCGCUGUGCUGUACCCUCUGUCACGAGCGCCUGGAGGACACGCAUUUUGUUCAGUGCCCCUCGGUGCCGUCCCACAAGUUCUGUUUCCCGUGUUCCAGGGAGAGCAUCAAGCAGCAAGGUGCCACCGGGGAGGUGUACUGUCCAAGCGGGGAGAAGUGCCCCUUGGUGGGCUCGAACGUACCGUGGGCUUUCAUGCAAGGUGAAAUAGCCACCAUUCUCGCAGGAGAUGUAAAAGUAAAAAAGGAGAGGGACCCUUGAUUUUAUUAUCAUUUUUUUAACAAACAAAACAAAAAAAAAAUGCGUAUAUAUACAUAUAAAUUACAUGCAUACCAUCCAAACAAAACUAAUGGACUUGUACAUAUUGGACGCAAGGGAAGUGUACACUUCGUAAAACAUGGCUGUAUAAUUUUUGAUUUUUGAAUACAUUGUGUUUCUAUAUUUUUGAAGAUAAAGGUAUGUACUCAUUAUAAUGGACUACUUUCCCUUCUUUUUGUUGAUGUUAAAGCAAAUUAUUGAUGUACUUUUAGGUCUGGUGGCAGUUCCUGUUAAACAUAGAAUGUGACUAAUGCUACUCUACGAGCACUUGGCAAAACUGAAAUGCUUCUAGCUGUACUUGUUAUGCAC